GUCUAUAACUACGCUGAAACAGAGCAAAGAAGGAAGACAGAGCUGAUCCAAUGCAUAGAAGACUAUCCUCCUCUCCUCUUACCACCAUCGCAUCCCGACAUCAUUACCACACAUCUCAAUCUGCCAAACCCACAAAGAAACCCAACCGCCACGAACCAACAACAACUCACAAACCCAUCAGGAAGCCAUGGGAAGAAGUUCCCUUUCUCACCGAUCUCAAACAAACCGAAGAAACAGAGGAAGCUCUGUCUCUCUUCCACCACUACCAGCAAAUGGGUUUCCGACACGACUACCCAUCUUACUCCUCACUCAUCUACAAACUCGCCAAGUCACGUGACUUCGACGCAGUCGACCAAAUCCUCAACCUCGUCCGCCACCGUAACGUCCGAUGCAGAGAAUCCCUCUUCAUGGGGCUGAUUCAGCACUACGGAAAAGCAAACUCAAUUGAUAAAGCCGUCGACGUGUUCCACAAAAUGACGUCGUUUGAUUGCGUCCGUACGAUCCAGUCUCUCAACACUCUCAUCAACGUCCUCGUCGAUAGUAACGAAUUAGAAAAAGCUAAAACCUUUGUCGACGGAGCUAAAGAUAUGGGUUUGCGUCCGAACUCUGUUUCCUUCAAUGUGCUGAUCAAAGGGUUUUUAGAGAAAUGUGAUUGGGAAGGUGCGCGCGAGGUGUUCGACGAAAUGCUUGAGAGAGAAGUGCAGCCGACCGUUGUGACUUAUAAUAGUUUAAUCGGAUUCUUGUGCCGGAGUAACGACGUGGGGGAGGCGAAAAGCUUGCUUGAAGAUAUGAUGGUCAAGAGAAUACGCCCCAAUCACGUGACGUUCGCGUUGUUGAUGAAGGGUUUGUGUUGUAAAGGAGAGUACAACGAGGCCAAGAAGCUGAUGUUCGAUAUGGAGUAUCGUGGGUGUAAACCGGGCUUGGUUAACUACGGGGUUUUGAUGAGUGAUCUUGGAAAGAGAGGGAAGAUAGAUGAGGCAAGGCUUUUACUAAAUGAGAUGAAGAAGAGGAGGAUAAAGCCAGAUGUUGUGAUCUACAACAUUCUUGUGAAUCAUCUUUGUAGUGAAGGGAGAGCCUCAGAGGCUUAUAGAACGCUAAUGGAGAUGCAGAUGAAAGGUUGCAAGCCUAAUGCGGCUACCUACCGUAUGAUGGUUGAUGGGUUUUGUCGUAUUGGGGAUUUUGAUUCUGCGUUGAGUAUUUUGAAUGCGAUGCUUGCGAGUAGACACGCGCCUACACCUGCAACGUUUGUGUGUUUGGUUGAUGGGUUGGUGAAAGGAGGUAACUUGGACCAUGCUUGCUUUGUGUUGGAGGUGAUGGGGAAGAAAAAUUUAAGCUUUGGAUUUGGUGCUUGGGAAAAACUAGUUAAUGGUCUCUGUAUUAAGGAUGGAGGAGGUUGUUGUGAGGCUUUGUCAAAAGUUAUUUCUACCUAAGCAGUGAGUGAUCUCUUAAAGGCUGCAAGAUACUCUUUCUCUUUGUUUUAUCUCUUGCCAUUACUUUUGUCUCUCCUGCUCGGCUUCUUAAUGAAGAAGAAGAUAUUGGCUUGGUCCCUGUGCCUACCACAACGUCUGGUUCAGGCCUCUUCCCCACUUCAACUGGUAUCACUACAGGUGCAAGUCCAGCCUCAGGCGGUUCAGGUCCUUUGAAUACUUUAAGUGGCUCUGGACCUCUACCAACCACUGGUUCUGGUU